AUCCGAUUUUUGCGGCUUUUAGACAAGCGAUUAGGUGGUUGAGUGCAUGGUGGGCAGAUGGGGGUGCGCACAAGGUGUAUUUCAGGAUAGUAUCGAAAUCCGAACGAGGGAAGCAUUGCCAACAAGCGAUGAUGCUAAGGCGACAGAAUGGAAGUGGUGCCAUCCAGCUUGGUGAUACACAACUGGAUGAGGAAAAUAUGGCCGACGACGAGCAGGCGAUGGUGCAGCUGGUGGCUGCUGGUGGGCCCGAGUACAUAUCCGGCCUCGGCUACACGUUCCAGCUGCAGGAUGGCAGCCAGGUGCUGAUCCGUACCGACUCCAAGCCGCCGGACGUCUGCAAGUCGGAGGAACCGAGCUCGGCGCUCGGCACCCUGGUCUCGCACGAGGCGUGCGGUGGCGGCCAAAGUCUGGUGUUGGACGCCGUCCCGGACGGCCCGCUGGACUCGGGAGAACACGUGGCCGGCGACGCCAGCGCCGCGGCGGCCGCCGCCGCCGUGGAGGCCGCCGGAGCGGACGCGGCCGGCCGACGCCGCGUGGCUGUCGUGCUCAGCGAGGAGGGCGUGGCCACGGCCGUGCCGCUGCACUCGGUGGUAGAGGCCGGCCUCAGCCAGCGCGUGCUCUUCCAGGAGGACGGCCAGCCCGUCAUCCUGGAGGUCCUGGACCAGGACCAGGAGGCGGACGCCGCCUCCGCAGAGGGGGGAGACCAGUGCGCCACUGACUCGGCGCCUGACGACGGCAGCUCGCAGUCGUGGUUCAGCAGCGCUGACCGGGCCGCCGGCGACGGCCGCCAGAUGAAGACUGGCAUGUGGAGUCGCGAGGAGGUCGACACGCUCUCGGCCAAUAUGGAGCAGUUCUGCCGGGAUCGGGGAAUUAAUAAUCCGGAAGACAUAAUAUUCCGCUGCUCUAAGGACGAGAGGAAGAACUUCUACCGGACUGUGGCGCGGGGGAUCAACCGGCCUCUCUUUUCUAUCUACAGGCGCAUUCUCAGGAUGUACGAUCACAAGAACCACGUAGGCCGCUACACGGACGACGAGGUGGAGCAGCUGCGUAACCUGCGCGCCAUCCACGGCAACAAGUGGCAGACGAUCGGCGCCCUCAUGGGGCGCUCGGCGGCCUCCGUCAAGGACCGCGUGCGCGUGCUGCGAGACAACUGCAACCAGGGCAAGUGGCUGAAAGAGGAGGAGGAGCGACUGGAGCAGGCCGUGUAUGACCUGACGCAGACGCUGCCCGGCCAGCAGGUCACCUCCGGCAUCAACUGGGCCGCCGUGGCACAGAAGGUGAUAACGCGCUCGGAGAAGCAGUGUCGCAGCAAGUGGCUGAACAAUCUCAGCUGGAAGACGACCGGCGGAGAGGAGUGGACCCGCGAGGACGACAAACAUUUGAUCGACGUGCUCUCCGACUCGGGUCUGGCGGAAGAGGGCGACAUCGACUGGAGCUCACUGACCGAGACGUGGCCGCGCAACUCGGUCCGCUCGCCGCAGUGGCUCCGCGGACGAUGGUGGACGCUCAAGCAGCAGCUGAAGAACCACCACCGCAUGAGCUUCAGAGAGGUGCUGGUCGGCUUGCUGGCCAUGAAGCCGCGUAGCCUGCUGGAGCAGCAGCUGGAGGCGGAGGCGGCCGCCGGCCUGGAGGACACCCCAGGCUCGCCGCCGCCGGCGCCGGCCGCGCCACAGCCUCUCAUCCCGCCGGGCGCGCGCGUCUUCGUGGACCAGGAGGGCCGAGUGAUCCCGGGCGGCUCGCUGGCCGUGCAGGAGGACGGCACGUACACGCUGGACCCGCUGGCAGAGGUCGGCUACCAGGGCGCGACGCUGGUCAUCGGCGGCCAGCUGUACACGGCACUGCCGCAGCCGCUGCCGCAGCACCUUCUGGUGCACGGCAUGGCGCCCGGCGGCGGACAGCUUCUGCUGGAGCGGCCGACGCAGCCGCUGCUGCACCACCCCGCUGUCACGCUUCAGGCUGAUGAGCCCGGUGUGGCGCUAGUAUCGGCGCCGUCGUUACCUGACUCGGAGUACGCGGACGAGACUCUGCGGGAAUCGCGACUGUCUCAGCAGAGUCACACAUCUGUCAUCCGGGGAGAUCCCAUCAUGUCCCGGACGGCCCCGGGUGCCACCUCCGAGGAGGACGAGAGCCUGGACUGCCCACAGUGAGGCGCCACCGUCGCGUCGUGCCAGACGCGGGCGCACCAGAGGACGACCGACCGGGCUGUGUGCCACCGCUUUGGGAUGCGCGACUCUGGCGCUGUAUUUGAUGAUGCAUGCACCUGUCAAUACACGUUUUAUGUGUACGCUAA